UUGCACCCACUACUGAAUAUUUCGUUGGACCAUCAUUCAGUCGGCGCCGAAUUCACUUGCGAGGAACACGUUUUUUUAGGAAAAGGAUAACUUUGGUGCAGUAAGUGGGUAACUCCUAAUAACGAAAAAAAAAAUGUCUGAUCCAUGUAAUUGCUUAGAAACUGGAAAAUGCGAGUGCGGAGAAACCUGUCCACCCAGCGGAUGUAAAUGCGGACCCGGAUGUAAAUGUGGACCCGGGUGCAAGUGCACUGGAUGUCAGGUGAAAUGCAGCUGCAGCGGUAAUUGCGCAUGUGGAAAGGGCUGUACUGGACCCGAAUCUUGCAAAUGUGCAAAUGACUGUAGCUGCAAAAAGUGACUAAACAGUUCAGUGGUGAUCAGGAAUUUUUUGUUUCACAAAGAACAGAUUAAAUUGACUUUCUAGUUAGAUUUGUCAUUUUAUUUCCUUGUAAUGGUAUGUAUUAUGUAAUUUUAUCGCAAUGCGAAUAUAAUUUUCAAAGCUAGAUAUGCAAUUGUAAAAUAUUUAUUAUUUUAUGAACUAUGUCUUCAUUUUGCAAUAAAAGGCUCUGCAACUGAUUAAGCAGGAGUGACAUUAAUUCA